CGGGACGCGGGGGUCCACGUCCCUCGGCGUAGACAAAGGCGGGCGUGCGCACGCUCUUACGUAGGCCUGGGCCGGCGGCGGCGGGCAAGGCAGGGCAGGGCGGGAGCGGCAGUCACCGAGGACUGGAGCCGAGCCUCACGGCCGCUCUGGCAGCAUGUGAACAACCUUUUGCCAAGAACCCAGGUCACCUCUGAGAAGGGCGCCUUAAGGGAGAAGAAUACCAGAGGACACCAAUGCCAGGCGUGUCUGGAACAGGGCUCGGUACAGGCAGCAUGAGACGUUCUGUGCCAGCCUCUGUGUGCUACUGGCAAAGGCUGGGGCUCUCUGGGUAGGAGGGUCCUGGGUCAGCCAGCAUCAAGAGCCCCCCCCAAGGGAGCAUGGGACCAGCUAUGAACUCUUUACAGUGAACUCAGUUUUUGCUUAUGAAGGAAUUUUAAGUAAACGUUACUUAUUUCUACAUACUGACAUUCGGAAGCCUUGGGUGUGAAGUGCCAGCAACUACCCUUGUCUACUGGAGUUUCAGGACUCUUCUGGCACCAAGGUGAACUCUUCUUGGUACUUCUGACAGUACAGAUCUUUAGGGCAAAUUCACCUGCUGAGUGCGUUGGGGCAGGAGGAAAGUAAAACCUCGGAAACAGCCACGUAGCUGAGCAGAAAGCUGCCCCUUGCCGCCCACUUGCCCAGACACUCAGUCCUUGCCUACUCACCACAGAUUCUUACCUGUGCCCGGCAGAGCUGGCAUUUCUGGGGUGCUUCUGUGACCCUUCUCUUCUACUGUUCUGCGCCAGAGCUCUGUAUUCAGGCAGUUGGAGGACAUGAACUUUGAGAUGGAGUUUGUCACCCAUGAGGGACUGGCUGCCUUUACAAGGCUUGUGCUGUCUGAAGGGACCAUCUGAAGGACGUGUUCGUGUGUGGCAAAGAGGGCACCAGCCUGACGUGCGUCCUCCACCAUGUUCCUGUUGCUGCCUUUUGAUAGCUUGAUUGUCAACCUCCUGGGCAUCUCCCUGACCGUCCUCUUCACCCUGCUGCUCGUUUUCAUCAUCGUCCCCGCCAUCUUUGGAGUAUCCUUUGGUAUCCGAAAGCUCUACAUGAAAACACUGCUAAAGAUCUUUGCGUGGGCUACCCUGAGAAUGGAGAGAGGAGCCAAGGAGAAGAACCACCAGCUUUACAAGCCCUACACGAACGGAAUCAUUGCAAAAGAUCCCACUUCUCUAGAAGAAGAAAUCAAAGAAAUUCGUCGAAGUGGUAGCAACAAGGCUCUGGAUAAGACGCCAGAGUUUGAGCUCUCUGACAUCUUCUACUUUUGCCGGAAAGGAAUGGAGACUAUUAUGGAUGACGAAGUGACAAAGAGAUUCUCGGCAGAGGAGUUGGAGUCCUGGAACUUGCUGAGCAGAACCAAUUACAACUUCCAAUAUAUAAGCCUGCGGCUUACCAUCCUCUGGGGGUUAGGCGUGUUGAUUCGGUAUUGCUUCCUUUUGCCACUCAGGAUUGCUCUUGCAUUCACGGGGAUUAGCCUCUUGGUAGUGGGGACUACUAUGGUUGGAUACCUGCCAAAUGGGAGAUUUAAGGAGUUUUUGAGUAAACAUGUUCAUUUAAUGUGCUACCGUAUCUGCGUGCGAGCCCUGACGGCCAUCAUUACGUACCACAACAGGAAAAACAGACCAAGAAAUGGUGGCAUCUGUGUGGCGAACCAUACAUCUCCCAUUGAUGUGAUCAUCCUGGCCAGCGAUGGCUACUACGCCAUGGUGGGACAGGUUCACGGGGGCCUUAUGGGUGUGAUUCAAAGAGCAAUGGUGAAAGCCUGCCCCCAUGUCUGGUUUGAGCGUUCUGAGGUGAAAGAUCGCCACCUGGUGGCUAAGAGACUGACUGAGCACGUACAAGAUAAAAGCAAGCUGCCCAUUCUCAUCUUCCCAGAAGGAACCUGCAUCAAUAACACAUCAGUGAUGAUGUUCAAGAAGGGGAGCUUUGAAAUUGGAGCCACUGUUUACCCUGUUGCUAUCAAGUAUGACCCUCAGUUUGGUGACGCCUUCUGGAACAGCAGCAAGUAUGGCAUGGUGACAUACCUGCUGAGAAUGAUGACCAGCUGGGCUAUCGUCUGCAGCGUCUGGUACCUGCCUCCUAUGACCCGAGAGAAAGAUGAAGAUGCUGUGCAGUUCGCUAACAGAGUGAAGUCUGCCAUUGCCCGGCAGGGAGGAUUGGUAGACUUGCUGUGGGACGGUGGAUUGAAGAGAGAAAAGGUGAAGGACACAUUCAAGGAGGAGCAGCAGAAGCUAUACAGCAAGAUGAUUGUUGGGAACCACGAGGACCGCAGCCGAUCCUGAGCCGAAGCCGCCGCCUCCAAAUCCUGAAGUGUGAGCCAGCUGCAGUUGUUGCUGCCACAGCCUCUACCAUCAUCCCCGCCACCCACUGCUGCAUCCUCCAGCCUCUGGCCCUCGGCUGUUCUGGACUCCAGGACUGGAGCUUCUUCAGAGCUCCAUGGGCUGCCUGCUGUCCUCUCACCAAAUGCUGCUGGCUGGGGCUCCCUGGGACAGAAUGCCUCUUGUUCUUUAUAGUAAGCCUCUAAGAGGAAUGCCAUUAAAGCAGUUCUAGCUGGUAAGAAGGUGGGCCCUGUUCUUGCCCUGAGAGGAUGUCAGGUGUUCCUGUAGGAACAGCCACACGCUGGGGAAGUCAGAAAAGACACUGCUGAGGCCGGUGCCUAAACAGCCUCCAGCUUAGAGCUUUAGCUGGGACAGAAAGGACUGUCUGCAGGCCCGCAAAUGGAGUCCUGAGUUCCUGGGUUCCUGCUUAUGAAGAUCACCAGAGGAGACGGGAAGAGGCCAGUGGGCCUGGGCAGGUAGCUAGCCCCACGAGUCUUUGAUUCCGACUCCAGGCUGAGCCUGAAUCCCCUACAUGACUUGUCUGUUUAAUAUGUCUCAGUUUCCCUGUCUGUUACAUGGAAUUGCAGAGAGAGAAAUGGUGGUGUGCCUACCUCACAGGGUUGUUGUGGGGAUUCCAGUGCUAGUGUGUGUGAAGGAAAUGUGUGCUGCUCUGCCAGGGACAGCUUCAGAGAGCGUGGCAGGUCAAGGUCAGAGCUACAACUGCUGCCCAGGAUUUUAAACUUGUCUGUGAGUAAAUAAAACUGGAUGGUGAAUGAA